CAUUCCGAGCUGCACCUGAAGGCAGCACAAUCAAGAAAACACAGCAGCACGGAGGCUCGCUCAGGCAGUGUGUGGCCAGCGGGAAUGCGCGAGCUUCUGCACGCGCAAUAUCACUACUUCAGCUGGUCAGAGCUCCUAACCUUGGCUGCACCCCGGUGACGAAGUCCGCACACUUUGCUGAAUUUAAAGUCCGAACGAGAGAGCUUCCUGCUUUCCUCUCCCCGGGUGUCGGUGUCCUCUCGGACCGCAGCAAAUGGUCAACGGGCGGCAGUCGUCGGUGGCUCACAGCCGUGGGGCUACAAGCUAGAAGGAACCCGCUGCUGGUCUCUCUCUCUCUCUCUCCUUCUGUGUCUGCGAGGCUCCGGUCCUGAAAUGCAGUAAACAGAGUCACCUGUUCAGUGAGUGCAAACCCGAAUGUUUCCUCGGCGUGAAACGCUCCUUUAAAUGUUUCACGGCUACAAAAACAGCGAACGAUGGAGUGAAAUCUUGCGGGCGAAGCGACACUCGCGCGCGCCAACCUGCCGUGAUUUCCUGCGUGUAAACAAAUAAAUGAUAGAGGAUACAAUGACCCUGCUGUCUCUUCUAGGUCGGAUCAUGCGUUAUUUUCUGCUCAGACCGGAGACCUUGUUCCUGCUGUGCAUCAGCCUGGCUCUGUGGAGCUACUUCUUCCACACGGACGAGGUGAAGACCAUUGUGAAGUCCAGCCGCGACGCGGUCAAGAUGGUGAAGGGGAAAGUGGCCGAGAUGAUGCAGAACGAGCGGUUCGGCGGGCUGGACGUCCUGGACGCGGAGUUCUCCAAGACCUGGGAGUUCAGGAGCAACAACGUGGCGGUGUACUCCAUCCAAGGCCGGCGGGAUCACAUGGAGGACAGGUUCGAUGUGCUCACGGACGUCGUCAACAAGAGUCACCCGUCUAUUUUUGGGAUCUUUGAUGGCCACGGAGGAGAGGCUGCUGCUGAGUUUGCGAAGGCCCACCUGCCAGAGGCUCUGCGCCAACAGCUACUGACCUAUGAACGAGAGAGAGAACGGAACAGAGAAAAAGACAAGGAGAAAGACGAAAAGAAGGAGAGGGUCAGCCUCUCCUAUCCCUCCAUCCUGGAGCAGCAGAUACUGACUUUAGACAAAGAAAUGCUGGACAAGCUCUCUGCCACUUACAAUGAAGCAGGCACCACAUGUCUGGUGGCUCUGCUGUCUGAUAAGGAGCUGACGGUGGCCAAUGUCGGAGACUCUCGCGGAGUGCUGUGUGAUAAAGACGGCAACGCCAUCCCGCUCUCCCAUGACCACAAACCUUACCAGCUCAAAGAGCGCAAGAGGAUCAAGAAGGCUGGUGGUUUCAUCAGUUUCAACGGCUCGUGGCGAGUCCAGGGCAUCCUGGCCAUGUCCCGUUCUCUGGGGGAUUACCCUCUGAAGAACCUGAACGUGAUCAUUCCUGAUCCCGACAUCGUGUCCUUCGACCUGAACAAGCUGCAGCCCGAGUUCAUGAUCCUGGCAUCGGACGGUUUGUGGGACACCUUCAGCAACGAGGAGGCGGUCCGCUUCAUCAGGGAACGGCUGGACGAGCCACACUUCGGCGCCAAGAGCAUCGUCCUCCAGUCCUUCUACCGCGGUUGCCCCGAUAACAUCACAGUCAUGGUGGUCAAGUUUAAAGGCAAGAACAAUGAAAAGAAGUGAUCUCUCACACARAAUAUAUACAUUUCUGAAAUGAAGUAGUGAUAAUAAAAAAUAUAUUAUAGGCUUAACCGGGGUACAAAUAAACUAUUUCUGUCACAGAUAUGUCCUAACACUUCCCAUAACCUGCUUUUUAUCUCAAAACAAAGGACUUUUAGGCUCGAAACAUCCCUUUCAGACACUGUAAUGUGAGGUUAUGCAAUUAAGCAGAUUUUUGUACAGCUGUUGGUGAAUCUGCACACACCUGUGUGUGAGUGUGUAUUUAAGAGAGGAAAUAUAAGCUGAAAUAAUGACUAGUCUAUUUAAACUUCAACAGGCAAAUCUGGUGUUUCCACAACAGAUUAAAAGAAAGUGAUAUUUCAUUUAUUUUAUUUUAAAUAUGAUGUAUUUCAUUCAUUGUCUUUAUAACCAGUCAAGUUUUUAUUGUUUUUAUAACCUGUGUCCAGCGAAUCAAGCCGUAUUGAUGAAGUAAUUAAAAACACAUUGUGUUAAUCUUUGUUUUAACAUGUUUAUCCCUAAACACAGACAAAUGAAAGGAUGUUUCACAUACUAUGCCUCAUAUUGUACAGAAACAGAACUGAUUAUAUUUUUACCCCACAUUCGCUGCACAUGGAGGAAAGUAGGACAUAUUUUCUUCUUUUUAAAAGGAUUGCUGAUGGUUUUUACUCUGAGGGAUCGACUUGCUGUGUUUUUCUGCUCAGACCGAACUCAUCAAAAUCUGUGUAACUAAUAUUGAUAUAUAAUGUAAAAGCUGUUGGAUAUGUGUAGUUUGUCAGAACAUUUAACUUUUCAUACCAUAAUGAAGUGAUGAUUUUGUAUGUCUCAUURAUCAGCUUUAUUAAGACCAAUUUAAAGAACACGUUGCUUUUUAAAUGGGAUAAAUAGUAUUUGAUGAUGCAAAAUUCUUUUUAGUUUAUGUUGAAUUUGCYGUCAUCUGGGAAGUGUAUUACUUAGUUAAAGAUGCUGUUUGUCUGACUUUGUUUUUACAAAUUACCUGAUAAACAUCCCUAAAUUGACAAUUUGUUMUUUUGAUACAAAGUCACCUUCACAAAGACAAAAAAGCUUUUUUUAACUGAAAUUACAACCAUUUUUAAAUGAUCUGUUGCCUUAUUUUUUUCUGCUGCCAAUACGUUGUUUUUGAUAAAAUGCAGUCGAUCACGACGCUUGCAGCGCUUCCCUCAGUGUCAAAUCUUGUUAGUUCAAACGUUCAAGGAAUGUCUCAGAGAGACAUGAAAAAUGUAAAUUGAAUGUACAUACUGUCUUCAUGUUGGUAUUAAACACAAUGAAUACUACAGAAAUGUAUACCGUUUAAAACCUUUUUUUUCUCUAAUCCAUGUUUUUGUGUGUGUGUGUGUGUAUGUACAGAAUGUUUGCUGCAUUUGUACUUGCUUUUUGUUGACUUUAAUAAACUGUAUAAAGAAGAAGUAAAUACAAAAUAAAAAAUGUAAAUCAAAACAAAACGGUCAAAAUGAUUUUCAGUAUUUACAUUUUUUAAGGAAAUCAGCUCAGUUGUAACACAUUUAAUCCAAUGUUGUACAUUACAUUCUUUGGAGCGCAAUAAAAUAAUAACAGCCAUUUAAA